AUGGGUUGUGGGGCCUCGGCUCCGGUGCAGCUGCAGGUCGCUCCCCCGCGCUUGACUCCACCGGCUGAGUUGCCCGCGCCGGCCCCCAGCAACAAGGGCCUCAGUGAAAACUGUCAGCAGAACGACGACGGCGACGACGGCGGCGGCGGGGGGUCGCGUAAGGAGGCAGCCGUGGCGCGCGAGGAGAGCGCCGUCAAAACCCACAGCAACGGCCAACGUUGUAGCUGCGACGGCGACAACUUCCCACAGGGGCGAAGCAGCAUCCACAGCCCGGACUCCAACUGGAGCGACGUCUCUGGCGGUGAGCUCAAGAUCCCGACUCUGGCCACUGACGAUGAGUUUGACGUCAAGUCCGUCAACGACAACGAGGAAACUCGCAGGGGCUCUGGUGGGGCGCUCAGCAACGGCGACGACGAGGCCCCCAACCUUGCCGUCUUCUACAACAAACCGCAGGAGUGCUUCUACUGCCACUCCGCCUCCGUAACGUACGAGUGCCAGUACUGCGAGUCCUUCUACGUCUGCGACGAAUGCCUCUCCAGUGGACGCUGCGAUCAUAACCCGCUGCACCCACUGACUGCCAUCUAUGGCUUGGCGUCGCUUGGUAGCCGAACCUUGAGCACCAGCGUGGGGACGACAGGCGAGGGUGCCAGUAGCCUCUUCUACGACCCAUGUGACGUGUGUGCGCGGGUGAUUAACGAUGUGGAGCUUGUCUACCACUGUGAGGAGUGUAAUGCAGUGAUCUGUAGUAACUGCUACCAAACAAACGGAAGUGCCGUGCAUGAGCACGAAAUCAGACCGUUCCGGCGGGCCCUUCGCAGUGGUGCGACAGGGUCGGCACUGGUAAGUAAAAGCCGCAACAGUGAGGGGAAUAAGGUCAUCAACGGCUACGUGGUUGUUAGGCUGCUUGGUAAGGGGUCAUAUGCCAAGGUGAACCUGGUACAGCACUAUCGGGAUCACACCUUGUAUGCGCUGAAAAUUCUGCGCCACAACAACACAAAUAAGGCGCGGCGCGCCCUUCAGGGAAAGUCCGCCUUUGAAGAUGACUGGCUGCGUGAGAUUGCCGUGAUGAAGUUUGUGUCCCAUCCCAACAUAGUGAAACUUAAGGAGGUGAUUGAUGACACGGAGGCAAAGAAGUUGUACCUCAUUAUGGAGUACUGCGCAAAGGGGCCUGUGUACACCCCCGGCAACCCACCCCUCCCUUUAGAAACGGUGCGCAAGUACAGCCAGGGCAUUAUGGCUGGGCUCUUGCACUUUCACAGCCAGUAUUUGUUUCACCGCGACAUCAAGCCCGCCAACUGUCUUGUGGACGACAAUGACGUCGUGAAAAUCGCCGACUUUGGCACCUGCAGUAGUCAGAUGAAGAACAUCACCACCGACGGCACCCCUGCCUACUCGUGCCCAGAGCUAAUGACCGGGGGGCGCGUGCCAGGCGACGUGGUGGAUAGCUGGGCCUUUGCCUUGACGGUGUACCAAAUGGCCUUUGGCGUCCUCCCAGUCGCCACAGAGAACCUCCACGACCUGCGUGAGAGUCUUUUGAGUGAUGAACCCAUAAGCAUUCCACCCGAUAGUGACCCGGAGCUGCGGGACCUCCUUUCUAAGAUGCUGGAGAAGGACAUCUCCAAGCGCAUGCUCCUGAAGGAGGCGGCACACCACCCGUUUUUUCGCAUGGGGGACGCCGAGGUGCGGUCGGUCCUCUCCGGGGCGCUUGAGACGAACGCGAAUUCGUCGCCAACCGAGCUCUACGCGCGCGCGAUGGAAACGGUGGUGCGGGGCAGAGGGCUCGAGGACUGCUUCCACGGCAUGCGGGCGAUUCGCAAGCUGCGGCGGAAGGCCCACGCGGGGGACGCCAGCCCCCUGGAAAGCGAUACGAUGUACAACGCCAACGCUGUCGACACGCACCCCAUGCUGCUAACGGACUCCAUUGACCCAGAUAAUCCCUCCACAACGGAGGCGGAUGUUCUUCAGGUUGUCUCCAUGAUGUUGGACACACUGAAGCGGGGGCAGUUUAAACUCACUGGUAUGCCGCUAAAGGAGUUUCCCUCAUUUAUUAAUGAUGCAAGCGACAAGACGACGGAAAUUAAAUUAGCGAACAAUGGCUUUUGCGGCAUUGGUGGCGCCGAGUUUUCGCGUUUUCGGCUACUGCGCGAGGUGAGUAUCACGAAUAACUCGCUCAGCAAGUUCCCGGUUGAGGUUCUCGACGCCCCGCUUUUGCGCAAACUUGACCUCGCAAACAACCGCAUCCCGGAUGCCCCGGCGGAUAUCCUCAAGGCGGGCAUGCUAGAACGCCUCUCCCUGCACAACAACUGUGUUCGCAACGUUGGCACGGAUGCGGCGGGGAGGUCCGUCUUUUCCAGCCGCUGCCUGCGGCAGGUCCGGCUGAGUGGCAAUCCGCUGGCGCACCUCCCAGCGGCGCUGCAGACCUGCCCCAGCCUAGAGUUAGUCCUGGACGACUUUCCUGUUCUCGUGGAGGAGUGGACGCACCUGCUGCAGAGCGUCUCAUCGGUGGUGGUGGUGUGGAACGACAUCUGCCCCCGCCAGGUGUGCCCAGAGGUCCCCAUCUUCACCGCGGCGAAGAGCAUUCACCUAUUCAGCCUCUCUGUGCUGGAAACCCUUGACAUUCGGCAUGUGGUGCUGCCGCACUUUGGGGACUGGCUCCCCAUUGGCGAGGUUGCCGCGGAGAACAUGGAGCAAGUUGGGCAGCACUUCGCCGACGACUUGGAAGAUCUGCCGGAGAACGUGAGACGCACGCUGCAGACGCCGCUGCCAAUCGCCACGGACGAAAGGGGAGGCACACCGCAUGCAAUGCGGGCCCGGCCGCCCAUUCUGCGUCGCGCGGCAUGUCGCUUUUUGCACAGCUACUUUAUUGUGGCGGAAUCGCAGUACGACGAGUGUGGCGGCUACCUGGUGCUGCUGGACUACCUCCGCAAAUGCCUUGAGAAGGGGGAGCGUGUCUUUGUGUGCUUUGAUGAAAAGAAGAUGGCACGGCCGACGCGUGAAACCCUCCUUGCCGUGCUCUGUCAGCUGAUACAAGAAAAGUUGCCGUACGAGGUCGACGUGACGAAGUGCUUCCAGAUGGUCGUCGAUGCGAUGAAGGGGCUCUACGGGUAA